GGCCUUGUGCUGAAAAGGGAUUGUGGAUUCACUGAACCAGGACUAUAGAGAGAAACACAGAGGAACACACCAAAAAACAAAACAAAAACAAACAAAAAAAACAACAACAAAACAAGAAUAAUGAAUAUAACAAGGGAGGUUAUGGAGAUGGUGGAGGUAACAGUAGGAUACCUAACAGUAGUAGGUAACAGGUGAUCGGCUGUGGUGACCUCUUCAGGAUCAGCAGCUAAAAUAAUGAUAAGAAGGAAGAACUUAUGUUUAGUUUUUUUGUCUUUCUUGAGCAGACGUUAUACUUCAAUGUUUUAUAGGAUUUGUUGUGGAGUCAUAGUUUUGUACACGUUGUUUAUUAAAAGAAACUAAACAGAAAAGUAAUAAAUGGAGAGACUUUUUUUUAUUUUUUUUUAUUUGAUUCCGAAUGAAACAUGUACUUAGUUGUAAUGUUACCAGUAAUCUGACUUAAAGAAUUAAUCAUUCAAAAGGCAAAACCUCAAAAAUCCCAGAAAUUUAAAAUGCUGAUUAAAACUUCAAUAAGAUUAAACAAUUUGAUAGUCCAACCUUAAAUAAACUGCUACUGGACUUGUAUUUACUCUGUAUCCGAUGGGUACCAUAUCUGGCACAUCACUGCUAAUCAGGCAUGUCAAACGUUAGAACAAAGCUGUUCCUUUUUGUUUUCAGUGCAUUGCUUUGAAUCGACUGUAUUUGCAUAUGAAGCCACUAGAUGGCAACAGACAAAUGCAAAAGCAUCUUAAUCUUUUGCUUGAGAAAAACUCAGCCCAAAGUUUUUUCAGAUUGGAAAAUGCUACAGAGCAGGUCGUCCACUGGGACACUGUGUCCCCAGCAGGUCUGUAGGAAACAAUGUCCACCAUAUUUGCGAGGUCUGAACUUAAGAAUUCAAGGGUUCUGCAAUGUUUGAAGUAAAAUGAGGAAAAGUUAGCAGUAGAAGUUACUGUGAUAAAACUGUAUUAUAUUUGAUAUCCAGUCGUUGAAAGAUAAGGUUUUUUGUUUGUAUUGCUGACUUCACUCGACUUUGCAUUCCUGUAUUCACGUAUCUGGUCCUGCCUGUGCCCUUGUGUCUACACCCUGCUACUAUACCUGCCUUCCUGGGUUUUCUUCCUGUAUAAGCUAUGCAAUAAAUGCACGACAUACUGUAAGUUGUAAAGAGUUGUAAAUAGCCACAUAGAAGAGAAAGAAGUGGUUAACAAUCAAUUUUUUCUGCUAUUUAGAAUGACUUAUUGAGUUCCCUUCUUUAUCUGCAAACCUCACACCAUCAAUAAUCUAAUCUGAGUCAUAUGAUGUUAAUUUUGCCAGUGGGAGUUAAAUACUCAGAACAGACAUUAAAACACUAUUUUCAGAUGACAUGGGGAAUACAUUUUUACUCUUUGUAUUACAGUCAUGUACAACAUAUUACUUUAAUGCCCUAUGUCAUACGCAAAUGCCAUGUUGACACAUUUAAACCUGCUCUGUGUUUUUGUAUUUUAAUGAGAAGUGGUGAUGAUUAAUGACAAGAUAGCUUCCUCAUUGUUUUCCGAUCCCCAUGACACAGUCAGCAGACUGUUUGAGGUUUGAUGCCCUCAAGUACCGAUUAUGCACAAAGACAGACAGUGGCUAGAUGAUGGGCUGGAGUGAGGGACAAUACACGCAAGCACAAAGGCUGGAUUUGCAGACACUGAAUGAGGGAAGAAAAAGGACUCCAAAUACAAAAUUCUCUGUUUGAAAAAGAAACAGCUUGCAUUGCAUGAUCACACAUAACGUCUCUGCUUUAGUGAUCACUCCAGAGAAGACCAAGCCGCUGCUCCAGUCCCUGCGUGAAAAGCGUCAUUCAAUUUCUUCUUUCAACAACUUUUCCAGCUUUUGGGCCCUUUUACUUUCAGGGCUGUUAUUCACAUUUCAAAUGUGAAGCAAGAUCCUACAUCCAACAGUUGGAUUGUAUUUGCUGCAUUUACUGAUUACAUUUUAACCAGGAUAAAGAAUGAAGAUUUUUUCUUCAUUAGUUUUGUGUUGCCUGUCAGGUGAGUUUUUUUAUGCAAUUGUGUUGUAUAAAUGUGAAUUACAGUUUUUGCAAUUUGUUAAGGAAAUUUUAAAUGUUUAAAAAUGUAUUAUACUUGUAACAUAAACUAUGUUAAAAAGUUAUUAUUAUUAUGAUAAUGAUGAUUAUUAUUAUAAUAAAUUUAAUGUUUAACAUCAUCAAAAUAAACUUUAAAUCUGUAAACAUAUUGCUUUAUUCUUUUUAGGGUGAAGAUUUCAAUAUAUAUCAUAGGUCAUGACAUUUAAAAACAACUAUCUCAAAACACUGAUCAAUGUGUAACAUAAUCACCUACCAUUAAGAUUACCAUGACGUUUUAUUGCAAUAAAAUCUAUUACAGUCUCCAAAAAAGAAUGAAUAAUACGGACUCAAGCAACAUCAAAAUGUUUUCGUCGGCAUCAAUACAAAGUACUCAAUAAAAUUGAAAAAAAAAAGAAAUGUCUUACUAAAAAAUAAAUAUAUAAUCCCAGUCAAAACACUUCAUAAUAAUGACUUGCUGUUCUAAAAUAUGCCAUUUUACCAUCACAGAAACAAAAGGAAUACUGCUCUUAUAAUGAUUAUUCCCUAAAAUGCCUGCAUUACCCAUACCUAAACAAACACAAGACUGCAAUAACUCAGGCUCUGACAUGAACGAAUAAAGUCCCAACAAUCCAUCAAAAACUUUAGAUCCAAUUUCAAUGACGUUCAGGAACACAUCUUCUGCAAAGACUUAAUUCAUUCAUUGGCCAAAUACUCCUAUACACAUGUGUGUCAUCCAUGUAACACGCAUCCCCCUUCCAAGAAAAGUCCUGAGUCUGCCAAAUUGUAUCCCUGCCUUUCAGAUGAUGCUGAAGAAGAGGUGUAUAAACCACGAGAGCCCUUCAACACAGAGAACCUUUGACAUUUCUAUCAACAUCUCAUGUUGUGUAGUAGUUCAUUCCUCAUUAGCUUAAUGAGGUUGACAAUGAUUAACCAUAAUCAUCCAGCUGUGUUUCUGACUUAGCAAAAGGAUUUGAGGCGUUUAGAAGUUCACCAGCGAGCUCUUUCCACAGACAUAUUACUUAGUCAGUUGAGUGUUCCAUUCAUGUUUCCCAAGCUCGAAUGGUUCACUAUAUCAAUUACUUGAGGUGUUGGGCAGUUUUCCAGUGUGUCCUGGUGCCCUACAACUGCAACUACACUGAGGAUCCCCCAACACAGCAUGUCCCUAAAGAACUCUUCUUCUGUCAGACCACUUCCUUUGUCUGCCUCUGUGGUUAAGAGUUACCAGCCUUUGAGCCAAGAUGUCAGAAGCGUUCACAGGGAUGCUAAAAUAAAGCAUCUCUACAUUCUCUGUUCAGGUGCACUUCACAUUUGUGUUUAUCCAGUUUGUCAAGGGGUAUUGCCCUUUGUCUAGCCCAUGUCACCAUAAGAUAGUUCCAGUUGACCAACCUGCCAUUGGCUUUACCCCAGUGUCAGAAACACAUGGUCUGGCCAUGUGCAUAGACAAAGAGGUCUCUGCCACCCAGAUCUCAGAGUUAAUGUCAUCGUCAGCUCACCUGAUCCUGGUGUAUAUAUGUGGUGGAUCAAGGAAAUCUUGAGACAAAUUUAAAUAUAUAUCCUUCAUUUCUGUAAAAUUACUGUCACACCUAAUACUAUCCCUAACCCAACAAAAUUAUAUAAGAAGUACUAAUCUCAGAAAUAUUAAAUGAUCCUUCAUCCAACAGAUCACUAUCUUUAUAGUAUUACUUACUUUCUAAAAUAAAUACUGACUUUUAGCAAGACUCACUUUAUCAGUAUACCUGACAGCAGUUACACCAAUAUAUGCCUAUCUAAUCAAACCUCCUUUGUCAUAUUACCACAGUAUGCAUGAAGACUUCAGAAGUACUGGAUGUAAGGGGACAUAUCGGAGGAGAGGUCUCCAUCCACUGCUUUGCUGGCUUGACCAAAGACAACGGCACAGAACACAACAACGUGUACUUCUGUAAAGGAAUCUGCUCCAACAAAAGUAUCCUCAUUGAGAUGGAGGGGGCAGGAUUUAAUGCCACCUUGCAGCAGAAGUACAACAUAAAGGUCAACAAAGAAUGUGGAGAUUUCAAUGUGACCAUAAAGAAGCUGAAGAAAACAGAUGCAGGAAAAUACUACUGUGGCGUCAAGAAACCCUUUUGUGUUUUGCAACAGGAGGUCAAUGUCCUCAUCCAGGAUGAACCUCUGUCCUCUCCUCUCAAAGCUUCAUCUGUUCCUCCUGGCUCUCUGUCCUACGAUGGCUUUCAGUCUACCACUGUGUUGUCACCAGCUGCUGAACAGCUACCCACAACUGAAAUAAUCAAUCAGACAACAAGCAGCCUCACGGACACUGUAGUUGUCAUCAUUAUUUCUGUGAGUCUGGCUCUGGUAGUUUGUGCGCUCAUCCCUCUUGUAUUUUAUGGAAACUGGAGGAGCAAUGCAGGUCAACAAGCUCGUGAGGGAAACAAGGGUGAGAUCAACCACUGUGAGGGGAACUCAGAUGGCUCUCUCUGCAUCGUCCAGCUGCAGUCUUUAGAAGCAAAUCUAGAGUCCAGUGGUCAGGAACCCGUCCAGUAUGAAGCCAUCUAUCAAGCCCUGGAUCCCAAACCUUUGGAGUGAGAAAAGCAAUUUCUGUUCAUAUUUGAAAUGUAGUCUACUGUUUCUGUUUUGAGUUUUUGGGGUUUUUAAUGAAGAUUUUUUUUACAAAUGUGUACAUCUGCAAGUGGAUUUUCUUAACUCCAAGCCUUCUGUAUAAUGCAUUUUUAAAUAAAUGUUUACAAUGUUGAGGUGACCAUGAUUCAGUGUGACACAUGGUUUAAGGUUUCAGAAAAAUAUUUUGAAACAUAACAACACAAACUAAAGUGCUACAUUUUUAGGUGGACGAACACAUGCAUAAAAACCAUAUAAAUAUACUGCAAUUUUGAUAACACCGUUUUUACCUGUAAAAAAAUCAUCCAUAGUAAUGUAAUCUGUUUUCAUUCACGUGUAUAUACUCUGUGAUGUGGUUAUCUGUUAACACGUGAAGCUGUCUCUAUCUAAUUAUGUUUUCAUGGAACUCAUACAGUAAAUAAAAAGUUACUAAGAGUUACUAUGUUGCAUGCAUGCAUCCAUGAGUCUUAUUUUAUUCUUAGUAAGAAUAUGCAGUUUUGUAGUUGUAGUUGUCCAUAAAGUACAUGUUUGCACAUGGUUCUUCUUAGGUACGUAUAGACAGUAUUUUGGGUGUUGUGGUUAUAGUUCCCAGUUGUAGUUUUUAACUUUUAAUUCACAUCAAUUUGCUUUUUGAAUAAUAGACAUGAGAACUCAGGACUUGUGUUAUUAACAAUGCCCUAGUUAAUUAAGUCCAAUCCCACAGCCAGAAAAAAACUACAAUACCCAGCACCCCCUUACCCUACUCUGAUACUCCUACCACAUAUGAUUCAAACUGUCCAUUGGAAUCAGCGGGGAGUCUCUCCAUCGCCCCAUGUUGUAGAACAGAUGUCCCAAACCACAGAGCUGCAGACAAGGUGAGAAUCAUAGGUAGUUUAGCUUUGGGAUGCACAAAAAAACAGGAUGAAUAAGAUGAAAUAAGAUGACAUAUUUUAUUUUUAAAUUUUACAUGAAACUGUUCUCAAAUGGUUGGGGGGUCUCUGAUGUAGAAUAUAUAUUUAAAUAGACACAGAGUGACAGUGCUGGCCCACUUGCAUGGUAUACAGAAUACCAAAGCCAGAGAAGAAGCCCGCAAUGAGCAAUACAUAAAACAUGGUUGCCCUUUGAGGUUACGGACUACUGCAGAAUGUCGGCUCUAUAUUGGGGCACAGGAAAAGUCCCCUUUGGCAGGCUUAAGAGAGUCACACCAUGCCUGGAUGUGCAUGUGUAUUUAGGGCAACUAACACAUGCUCAGUGCAUGUGCCAAAACCUACUGAGGGCUAGAUCAGUCUCUUCCAACAACAGAUCUGUACACCCCUAGUGAUGGUGAAGGGGAUUGCAUGGGUUACACAGAUUUUUUUCCAUGUUUGGGGUGUUUUUUUGUGGGUUUUUUUUCAAAUAUUAACCAGUUAUGAAAUGUUUUAUACAGUCAUUGUUAAAGAAUUAUAUGAGUUGGUGUGGCUUCUCUUGGUAUGACAAAAAAGCCCCUGGAAAAAGAAAAAUUCAGACAUCACAUUUUUAACAUAUAUUAUCAUCUGAUCAUUUAUCUGUACACAAAUAUAAAGGUCAAAUCCUAUUAGAUGUCAAU